AUGAGAUUAGAAGUCACCGUCAUCUCCGGCGAAGACCUCCGCAUCAACGACAGGCCCAUCAAGAACAACGCCUUCGUCACUGUCAAUGACUAUUGCGGCUCGACUUCGUCGCAAGACUCGACCACACCUGAUGCUCAGAGCGAAAGCUACCCUUACUGGGACGAGAAGCUCCACAUGGACUUGCCCACAGGCUCGCAUUACAUCGUUGUCGAGGUCUGCCGGAGGACCUCCUCAGCUGGAGACAAGCUUGUCGGGACGGCCUGGAUUCCAGUGUCGGACUUCGUUGGAGACUACACACCAGAGAAUUACCUGCAUUUCUUGAGUUACAGGCUGAGAGAUGCCAAAGGCCUCCGCAAUGGGAUCAUCAAUAUCUCGGUGAGGGUCGUGUCAUCGUCGUAUAAAGGGACUUUGUCCAGUUCGUCGCGUCUACCACCAUCGGUGCUGGAGUUCAGGAUGCCGGUGGAUCGGGAGAGGAACGGGGGGACGGUGACCGGGGUACCGAUUUGGUAA